UGCGUUAUCUGUUAUAGAAACUUGUCUGCAUUUCAUAAUGGUUGAAAUAUUGUGCAUAAGACUUUGCUUUGUGUUGCUGAUGGUGACUGGGAGUUUGGCCCAAGACAUGCCAGACUUUGACAUCGAAUCGCUGAUCGGCAACAAGGAGAAAACCUCCUAUUUCUAUUCGGCGCCCAACAUAGACGUGGCCGACAAGGGCUCAUGGACCAUGCCACCAAAGUUCAGAUGUGAGGCUUGUAUAGGCGUAGGCUAUCAGUUUCAGAAACAUUUUCGCUUAGAGGAGGAGAAACGAUCGAAGAAAGGAGCUGAUUUAGUGGAGUCUCAAAUACUUGACGUCACAGACAGGCUGUGUAGCAAGGGCUUUAAGAAAUACGGUGCCAAAACCUUGGACGGAAGAACUCGCUUGUCUGGAGAAGGCUUGAAGGCGUUUUACGAGUACGGAAUGACAGGCAUAGGACCUGGCUGGGUUCAAAGGAUGCAGGGAAUCUGCCAGGAAGUUGUGGGGUUGCUGGACGAGGUGACCAUCUACGACAUGUACAAGACCAGGGGCGACAGGCAGCUCUCAGAGACCAUGUGUGAGACCUUCUGCACGGCCGCUGAGAUGAAGGAGUACAGGCAGGACGUCAAGACCAUGGACUUGGCGUCUACAGACAACAAGUUUGAUGAUGAGCUCUAG